AUGGAGGAUUCUCAAUCACUACGUCCAAAGCAGGCCGCCUGUCUGGUCUGCCGCCGAAGUAAGAUCAAGUGCGACUAUUCUCCACAUGAGAACAAAUGCAAGAGGUGCAUUCAGCUCGAUUCUGAGUGCAUUCGGCCUACAUUCCAUGCUGGAAGGCAGAAAGGCAUCAAAAACAAGCGAAAGGGUCUAGACAAAGCUCUAUAUCAGAUAGAGCAGGCCAUCAAGAGAGCAAGAACCGGCGAGCAAAACUCUGAAGAUGACAAGGCCAUCGGCAAUCUCCAGGCACUCCUGGAGGGCACUCGAGCUGCUCGGUCAACUACCGCCUCCACACACUUAAGGCGGGGUUCGUCGCAUUUCGAUAGCCCCGACCAACCCGACAUCUCAUCUGACGAUGAUGAUGAAUUGAACAACACCCCAGACAGCAACACCUACAUGAGUCUGCAUCAUCACAAUGAGGAGAGCUUGGCCAUCGACGAUGCCGAGAACCCGCUCCAGCUGCUGGCGCGCGCCUCAAACCUGCGGCUCUCGCCCAAGCCCAUCAGCGGCCUCUCGCCGAAGCUGCCGGGUCCCGGCCCCGGCCGCAAGAACCAGCACGCCGAGCAGGUCGAUGAGGACCCCGAGAUGCAGUCCUUCUUCACCGCUGUUCGCCUCAACUUCGACGUUGGCGACGACAUCGACCCCAUCACCAUGGGUCUCGUGACCGGAGAAGAAGCCGAAUCUCUUUUCGCUUUCUUCCAUGGCAAUCUUGCUCACACCCGCUGGGGUCUAGACCCAAAGAUUUAUACCCCAUCGUUCACCCGAUCGCGAUCUGCCUUCCUGUGCACCUCGAUCAUGGCCGCGUCAGCCCUCUUCAUCCCGUCCGCCGACGCGUUGUCCAAGAGGUUGUCGAACCACUGCAAGACUCUUGCCCAUAGGGUCAUCGCCAAGCGGCACAAGUCCGUCGAGAUUGUUCUCGCGUUCAUGGUUAACGUCCCGUGGAUGUUCCCUGGUCAGCAUAGCACCGACGAUGAGACGUGCUGGUACGUGAACAUGGCUGCCACAAUCGCCAUUGACCUGUCUUUGCACAAGCUCCUGAUUCCCAUGGAUUUCCUCGGUUCCGGCUCUCAGGCUGCCCUGGCGCGCGGAGACUGUCUUGACCCUCGCACCGCGCUCGCAAUGGACGGCUUCGGCCAGAUCGAGCCGACCUCUUAUCUAGGCCAGCGUCUCCUCCGACGCCGUGAGCGCUGCUGGAUUGCCCUCUUCGUUCUCGAGCGAGGCAUGUCACUGGCCCGUGGCCGGCCCUACACUGUUCCAGUCACUCGGAUCAUCAAAGACUGCGACCGGUGGCAUAGGUCCAGCAUUGCAGACCCCAUGGACGGUCACCUCAUCUCGAUGGCCGUCCUUCGCCGGGACUUGGACGGCCUCCUCAACACGGUUCGUGCGCUCUGCGACGGGUCGCAAGGAGUAUCUACAGAUGGAGGACUCAUUGCCCAGUCCAUAGAGAGUGCAAUCACUAGGUUCUUCGACUUAUGGCAAACCGAGUGGGGAUUAUCGAUUGGCACAGGACCCCAAUGUCGCCUCCCGCCCUACGUUGAGAUCCUCGUCACGCACACCCGUCUUUCAACUUACGGCGCCGUCAUCAACCACCCGACAGCGCCGAUGGAGGUCCGACUGUUCUUCCGCACGGCCGGACUCUCCUCCGCCGUGACCGUCAUGCGAGCAGCCAUACAAGGGGAGUCGCAACUCCAGUCGAUCCCGAACAACACCACCAUUAUGGUUUCAUUUGCAGCUUGCUUCGCGCUGACACUGAGCGCCUAUGCUACAGGAAGCUCGAUGUUGGCGCCCAGCAUUCGGAACCUCAUUGAGGAGACGGCUGGUGUCUUGGAGCGUAUUGGAUCAGCUACGAAGCACAGAAAUGGUCUGUCGACACUAUAUGGAAAAUACCUAAGACAUAUCGCGAAAAAGGCGGCCACCGCUGGGGAUGGCCAGUCCCAAGCCAAUACGCAUCCUGGCCCGACCGCCGCGGCAUCCCCUCCCAUCAACUCGAUGGGACCCACGAUAUCACAGCCCCCUUACGUGGAGUCGCAGAUGUGGCCCGGGACUCUACAGCUCUCUAGCAUGUCCGACGAUCAGAUUGCCGAGGUCCUCAACCAGCCCGGCAACGAGUUCGAUCCCACCUUUUCAGGCUUGUCCUGGGACGACAUGAACCACUUUGACUGGCUGAGCUGGCCCAACCUAACAGAUUUUGGGUUUUGA